AUGGGUUCACUGCUAGCUGCUAUCACUGUGACUCUGUCCCUGCAGGACUGGUACUUCUGGAUGCCCUACUGCAGCCUGGCCCUCAUUAUCCUGUUUACAGUUGUCUUUGCUCUUGGGCCAGGUGGUGCAACAGUUUCCACCAGGGUUGAAAUUUUCAAGCUGUCCUGCAGGCCCCCUGCCUUUGUGAUCAGCGCCGUGCUGACCUGGCUGGGGGUGUUUGUGAUCGGCACCACCUUCCCCUUCAUCGUGGAAAGACUCAAGCACUUCUGCUUCCUCAUCUUUAUGGUGGUACUUUUCACUUCAGGGAUGUUUAUCCACCUCUUCCUUCCAGAAACAAAAGGGAAAUCAAUCAUGGAAAUCACAGAAGAAUUCAAUAAGCUAAACUUUAAAAACAAGCAUAUUCCAGCAACUCCAAAUCAUGUCACAGAGGAUUAUACCUUCUGCACCAGGCUUUGACUGACCAUAAGGGGAAUCAGGUUUUUGUAUAAAAGUAGGGGGAAAAAAGACAUUUGCCAUGUUCUGACUAACAAGUUGCUCCGAAUGGACUGUCAGCUUUCCUAUCUGUCACUUACAAGGUUCUCAUUUUGCCAAACCAGCUUCUUUCUCAAGCACUCCACUCUGAGCAG